GCGGCUCUGGGAGGAGGAAGGUUUCCACCAGAUCGCCCUGAACAAAGUGGCCGUGCUGCUGCUGGCUGGCGGGCAGGGCACUCGCCUGGGUGUGACCUACCCCAAGGGCAUGUAUCGGGUGGGGCUGCCCAGCCAGAAGAGUCUGUAUCAGCUGCAAGCCGAGCGGAUUCGGAGGGUGCAGCAGCUGGCUGGCGAGCGCCGGGGGACCCGCUGCACGGUGCCCUGGUACAUCAUGACGAGUGAGUUCACGCUGCGGCCCACCGCUGACUUCUUCAGGGAGCACGACUUCUUUCACCUGGACCCCGACAAUGUGGUCAUGUUUGAGCAGCGCAUGCUGCCCGCUGUGACCUUCGAUGGCAAGGCCAUCCUGGAGCGGAAAGACAAGGUUGCCAUGGCCCCAGACGGCAACGGGGGCCUGUACCGCGCACUGGCGGACCACCACAUUUUAGAGGACAUGGGACGCCGAGGAGUGGAGUUUGUGCACGUGUACUGCGUGGACAACAUCCUGGUGCGGCUGGCAGACCCCGUCUUCAUCGGCUUCUGCGUGCUGCGAGGUGCGGACUGUGGCGCCAAGGUGGUGGAGAAGGCUUUCCCGGAGGAGCCCGUGGGCGUGGUGUGCCAGGUGGACGGUGUCCCCCAGGUGGUGGAGUAUAGCGAGAUCAGGCCCGAGACCGCGCGGCUGCGUGCAGCUGAUGGGGGCCUGCUCUACAACGCAGGCAACAUCUGCAACCAUUUCUUCACACGAACCUUCCUCCAAGCCGUCACCAGGGAGUUCGAGCCCUUGUUGAAGCCACACGUGGCUGUGAAGAAGGUCCCAUACGUGGACGAGGAGGGAAAUCCGGUAAAGCCGCUAGAACCGAAUGGGAUAAAGAUGGAGAAGUUUGUGUUUGAUGUGUUCCAGUUUGCUGAGAACUUCGUGGCCUUUGAGGUGCUCCGGGAGGACGAGUUCUCCCCUCUGAAGAAUGCCAACUCAGCCAACAAGGACAACCCCGCCACGGCCCGGCGAGCCCUGCUCACUCAGCACUACCGCUGGGCCCUGCAGGCGGGGGCCCACUUCCUGGACGAACAUGGGGCCCGCCUCCCUGAGCUGCCCAGGGUCUGGAGGCGUACCUGCGAGGCCAGGAGUUCCAGUCCCCGCUCAUCCUGGACGAGAACUGGGUCCAGGCACUGCGGCCCUGACUGGCUCCCAGACCGGCCCACCGAGUCUGCAUGGCAGGGAGGCAGCCCCCACCUGACGCUCUGGGGAGCAGAGCAGGGUGCUGGGCAUCUCUGGGCUGGAGAGCACGGAAGGAAGAGGCUGGCUUAGUCCAUGGGAGUGGGUCUGCUCCUGUCCCCGGUUCCCAUGGACACAAGUGACCACAGGCAUUCCAUGGGCCAUGGACUCUAUGGCUCCAGUGGUGGCUGUGGGAUCCAGGUGGGAGGCAGAGGGACUCUGGACCUUGGACAGUGGGGCUGAGAGGCGGCUGUGUGGUAGGACAGAGGUAAGUGUCCUGGACCAGAGCAGCAGGCCCUGUCUCUGAGCUGACAACACAUGACAGGACAACAGGACAGCGGCUUCGGUCCCAUACACAGAUGCUGGGGUGAGGAGCAGCACUAGCCAUGCCCAGUUUUCCUGCAGAUGAGGAAACGAGAAGAGGGGGCAACGUCCUUCCAUCACCGGUGACUUGUUUCCAGGGGCUGCCCCCUCCGUCCCUCCCCCCCUGGCAGCUGAACCAGCGACUGCGAGGAGGCUGGGGGCGUUGUCACGGCCAGUCUGCCCAGCUGAGGCCGAGAGUGGAAGGGACUGACUCAGGGAACGGGUUGGCUGUGCCAGGGAGGCUGGCUCAGCAGGCUGGGCUCGUGCCCGAGACUGUUCCCUGUGUCUCUCCGGGGCCUUGGCCCCUCAGUCACCUCUGCGGCUGGUUUGGGCUGCUUCCACUAAGAACUCAGACCAGAAUAGGUGGUCUCCUGUGGUGGUGGAUUAAUCUGGAACUUCACCUGAUGGGGAGCGCGCACCCUCACCCACCCUGCCAGUAGCUUCUGAUCUUGGUGCUCGGGCUCCCCUGCUCUGGAGGGGCAGAGGUCGCUCUCUGCAGCCCGUCUCGUCCUGGCUUGGGGGCUCUGUAUCCCAGGGCCUCCUUCCUCUCCCUGCCGACGUGUGCAGCUGGUAAGCCGGCCACCUGCUCCCUCCUCUCCUCUGCAACCCACGUCCUGCAGGGAAUGCACUGGUUUCCCCCAGGGAAGGCCGUUAGCUGGAUGGUGGGCUCAGGUGCAGCUGAUGCGUGUAGUGGCUGAGUGGAUGGCGGCUGCAGCCAUGCAUCCUGACCUGAGCAGGAUGGCAGUCGGGGCCAUGCCCAGGCCUCCCAGUGUUUUUGCAAACCUCAGAAUCAAACCAUGUGCCUAAGUACCCUCCUCUCAGCUGCCUGCAGGCAAGCAGGGGCCCAGGGCAGAGAAGGAGGGUCCUGCCAGAGCCACUCCCUGUCAUGACGGGACCAACUUCACAGCCUCUUUCCUAAGCAGAGUCUGCUGGGUGAACUAUUGAAAACAGCUCGCUUUUUAAAAAACUUAUUUUCAAAUAAUUAUACCUUAACAUAAAGCUUCAAACAGCACAGAG